UGUCACGAAAACCAGCCUUAUGGCCUAGUAUUCUGCGAACAGUUAUUUCAGCUAUAUCGUUGUUUCGCAACUGCUGAGGUAACUAUGUUUAUUUGUUUAAGUGUUUGUAGCAACACAACCCUUGGUUGUUUAUAAUGUGCACGUAAUGAGUACUCAGAUUAAUUCAUUUUACACCCUAACACGUUUAUUGCAUCCAAUUUUCAUAAUCUACUAAUACGUAUAUUGUUAAUACAUUUUAAUUGGGGAGUUUAUUUUAUCUGUUGAUCGUAAUUGGGGAAUUUUUUUUAAUCUGCGGAUUCUGAGACGAAUCAUGGAAGAGAAAAGUUGAAUUUAGGAAGAGAAAAUGUGUUUGCUACCAAUAUGUCGUAUUUAUUGGAGGUCCUCUCUUCAAUUUAUAAAAAAAGUGGUCUAAGGAAGAUAUACAGUCUGAAAUUCACAAAAUCUGACCCAUCGAGCUGAAUGAGUUUAUGAGAUGGAUGAACUUUCAACAUAGAAGUUUUCAACAGAGAAACAUAGAAGCGUUCUUUGAGGUACAACAACGUGAUUUGUUAAUAAAAUUAGAGAAGCCGGUGAUGACACCAACAGGAGAAAAUUGCAGAGAUUUCGCUAGCAGCUAAAUAAAAUAGGAAAUGAGCUCGUAGGAAAUGAGCUUUAAGGUAAACAGAUUUUGUUGAGUUAGUUGGAAUUGAGACAGUAUGAUGUUGCGACGUAAAAGAAUUUAAGAUAAGUGAAAAGUAUUGCAAAAUGGCCUCUCUUGAAUGUUUUGUUUCUGCACAGUAUUCAAUUUGAACCGGCGAAGAUUUGUGACAUUUUGGACAACCGAACUGUCAGUAAGAAAGGGAGAUGAGCGAAAUUAAACGGAAAAUAAUUCAAUGCAGGACUUUUUGGUGCGUGGCAGGAAAAUUGAAAGAUGAGUUUAUUCAGAAAGAUUUUGAUGAAAGUAGAUUGAAGGUAUUGAAGGAACAGUUAGGAGGCCUGUUAGAGAGAGUGAAGAAAUUGGACAAUGAAAUUCUUGAUCUAUUGAGCACAGAUGACGAUCAAGAGCUGUGUUUGAAAGGAGCUAGAAACGCUAGCAAGUUUCAGCACAAAAUGAAAGAACUUUUGAUGAAGAUGGAAAAGAUGACCGACACAUUCAAACAACGACACAUUCUCAAGAAAGAAGAGAUUAAGUAAAAUCUGGAGAUUCGAUGGUAACAAUAAAUACACAUAGAGUUCAAGUGCAGCUUCCGAAGCUUGAGAUGAAGAAGUUUAACGGGAAGUCUUACGAGUGGCAAGAGUUUUGGGACUGUUUUAAAAGUUCUGUGGAUGACAACAAAGAACUAGCCGCUGUUGACAAACUUGCAUAUUUGCAUCACUUGUUGGAAGAGCCUGCAAAGUCAGUUGUGGCUGGAUUUAAACUGACGGAGUCGAAUUAUGAAUCCGCAAAGACACUUCUCCAAAAACGUUUUGCCAAAACAGCUGUUAUCAAGAGGGCGCAUAUUCAUCAAUUGAUGAGCUUGAAGCCUAUUUACAGUCAGCGUGACUUGCCUCGAUUUCAAAGUCUUUAUGAUGCAAUCGAGACUCACUUCAGCGGCCUUGAAGUGCUUGGAGUGGACUCUUGCUCUCAUUCCUGUACUGUGGUAUCUUUGCUUCUCGACAAAUUGCCUGAAAGUUUAAGAAUGAGUAUGGUUAGAGAGGCAAAGAAUGAUCCAGGAUGGGAAAUGGAGGACUUUUUGAUAAAUCUUAAGCGAGAGGUGGAGACAUUUAUACAAGGAAGUAUGCUGGACAUGGACAUAAUUUUGCAGCAGUGAGAGAAUCAACUAGGCCAUCGAUGAGCACCAGAAACAAUCGACUGCAAACUGCUUCAGCACUUCACAGCAAUUUGGUGAACAAGAAGUGUUCGUUUUGCUUAGCAAAUCACGAGGAAGAUUCUUGUGGAGCCAUGAAGGACAUUUUCGAGCGCAGAAGUAUCGUUAAAAGCUCAUAUAUGAGGCAUUCUAUCAUCCACAAUCAGCAAGUGAUAAAUGCACAUUAUAUUGUGAAAGAAACCUAAUUGAUCGAAGAAAUGUGUCAACAAAUGUUAAACAUGGGGUAAACCAAUCAAAGAAGUUCCUUAAUUUAGUAGCCAAGGCACGUGUGAUUGCUGGAGCAUUGAAACUGUUGGUUUUAAAAUUUAUUGAUGAUUUGCCCCGGCAGCAUAUGAUUGAACCCAAUGAAAGAUCAACUAAAGUAGAACAAAGGAAUUAUCUUCACUCUUUGGCGUCAGAAAUGGUUGACAAGUUUAUUCUGAGAACUGAAAAGGUGGAACAAGUCUUGAUUAAAGUUGAGGCUGAAAAUGAACAUGAGAAGCAGAAAGCAAAGCAUUUCCAGUGUCGUAUCUCUGGAUGUGGCAAAGCCUUCAAACAUGAUGGCAAGGCAAGAAGGGAGCACAAAGCUACUCAUGGAAUGACACAUUCUGUGCAACCCUCUAAAUGCUCAGGGGCAAUAUAUGAGAACAGAGAUGAUAUGCUCAACUAUCAGCUGGUUUUGUUGGAGUUUGGGAUGCUCGUCCAAAAUUUCUUUGAUGCUAUUAUUGAAGGUGACGGAGAAAGAAUUGUUAGAUGCUGGGAAUUCUUUCUACCAUAUUUACGUUGUGAUGGGCAAGGAAGCACUCAUUAUGCACUUGAGGCGUUUUAUUUGCUAUGUCGGGUGAAUGCACUUCUGACUCCAAAGGCUGCACAUGAGCUUAAAUGGAACAGAUUUUUUAAAAACAAGAAUGGACCAGGUGGAAAGAUACCCUUGAACCUUUCACUUGAACAUCACAACAAGCUGAUAGAAACACUCAUGCAAAGCCUAGGCCCAAGUGGAACCAAUCAGCAUUGUCUGAAUAGAUACAUAAAGGCAAUAAGGGUUAACAAAGAUGUGCUUGAUAGAUUUGACCAGCAAAUAUUUUUCAAAAAGGGAUCAAGAGAACAUAAGGACCGCUGUGAAAAAGCAGAUUUGUACAAAAAUGUUAACGAGCUUGUUGAAAAUUAUGCAUUGACACAUAUGAAUGGCCGAAAAUAUAUGGACCUUUGUAAUGUUAAUGACAGUAUCUUAGAUGGAGUUGACAUGCAUGCCAUGUUCACAAGGAUUAAAGAACACAAAAAGAAAUUUUUGCAAAAAAGUGUCCAAGAUAAUCAUAUUAUAUUUAUAAAACAAAAAAACAUGUUGUGUAAUUCGUAUCUGUUUUGGUUUACUUAAUAAAUUUGUUUUCAUUUGGGGUUGAUCUUACUAAUUACCAGGUGUCAUGAUUCUGUAGGGCUAGGGAGGACCAGCCUCAUAAAUUUUUUUUGCAGAUCUUAAUUUUUUUUCCUAUUUUCCAUUAGCCAACCACCACAUGUCAAGAGUAGAAAGUAUUGAAAAAUAAUACAAAUAACACAACCAUAAAUUGCCAACUUUUGCCUAACAAUGAAGACCCAGCCUACAUGCAAACUCUAUUAAACAAAAUAGUAACGCUUUACCUUUUUCUCAUGUCUCAUAGUGUUUUCUUAUGAAAACAUUAAUUGAAACAUGGCACAGAGGGACAUUUUGGUAUAUUAAAAGCACAUGGUAACAGAUUUUAUCCCAGGAGCUGUGCCCUAAGACCCACUUUGCCACUGCUCUACUAGUUCCAUUCCUGCGUAAGCCUGUCCCCUCAAAUUCAAAAUAUGCUCCACUGUGCCUGAUUGUUUGUGGCUCAUUUAAUUCUUAAUUGCUUAAAAAGUAUGUUGGCUUGGAGGAGGUGGUACCUCAAAUACGUGCAAAAUGAAACAGGGUGUCCAAAAUUGAGGUAUUUAGGGCAUACAUAUUUUUUAGACACCCCUUUAGUGCACCAGUAAUGUUUAUAAGUAAUUUAAGCAUUUUUAAGUUGUUUUACAUAACAAAUAAAAGGCAUGUUUUACCAAGCAAAUCACAUCAAGUUUUGGAAAAAUUCUUAUUAUUUAUCAAGCCAGAAGAUGAUAUAAUGUUACAUUCACAUCAUUUUGUUUGCUUCAUAUUAAAGUUCAGUUCUCCAUUUCAAUGUCCUCUUCUUCAUGUAUUUUGUCGAAGGCUUAUGACAAAAAGCCUGAUAUACUGCAGCUGCCACCAUUGUCACUUGUUAACCCUGCAUUAUCACUUUCAUCUGAAGCAAGUAGACUGGAUGUUGUGGUAUUAAAAGGGUUGGCAUGUUGCAAAAUUUCCCAAUCCUCAUGAAUUAUUUCCACUUGCUCAGAUGAUUCCUCAUCACUACAAUUGAUAUCUUGUAGAAUCAUUUCAAAAUCUUGAAUUUUCAAGAUUUUGAAAUGAAUCCACAAGAUAUCAUUUCUACAAGACUUUUAAGUCUCAUACAAAAGGUGUAGGACCUGUACCACAUGUUUACCUCGCCAGAUUUCUACAGACAGAAAUAUGUCUCAGAAAUCGAGAACAAGAUAAAAUUGCUGUCACCUUUAAGACAUUGAUCACUGCAGUUGCAAUCCAUAGCACAGUUAUGGCAACACAAUAAAUGUUUUGGGAUCUCCAAUGUAGAAAAUGCAUUGAAAUGCUUUCCAAUUUCUUUUCUUCUGCACGUUUCAUGCUGUAGAAGAUUGUUAAUUUUGGUAUCACAACAUGUACUUAGGGCACCAUUGUAUAGCACAUAAGAUGUUGCAGAACUUCCCCUCUUCCAAGCCGGCCUGUCUCCAUGCUUCCAUUGACUCUGGAUGACCCAGAUGAAUACUUUUAUACAAACCUCUAUGCAACUGUGCAAUGAGCAUUCUCUGAUUUGGCCAUCUGAUUUAUAACAUGUGAUUAUACACUUUCUGGGGUUUCUGCAUGAAACAUGUCCACUAACCGCUUACUUGGCAAUAAUCUACUACUGGCAAGCAAAUUUUUCCCCAGUGAAAUUGAAAAUGCUCUAAAUAAAAUAGAGCACUGUUAUCUAGUUUGGCAAAAUAUAACUGCCCUUUUCAUAUGUGACUUACAGAGUAAAACCUCAUAAAGGAAAAUCUCAUCUAAGCUUUUAUUUUUAUUGACAUAUUCAAAUAUGCAAAUUAUAUUUGAUCGAAUUGAACUUUUUUACCAAAAAGGUUUUUGCAGCAUGCAGUUGAAGCAUCUCUUACUGGUGCUUUUUCAAGUAAAAGUGAUUUUAACUCCGCAAGUUUUCCAUACCAAUGUCGAAAUGGUGGAUUUUGUGAAUCUAAUGAUGUUUCCCUGAAAUAGAAUAAUAUUUAUGUUCCAUAGAUGUGAUUGGAUUUUUGAAAAUGUAAGUGUAGAUGUUGGGAAAAUUUUCUAUUUGUAUAUUUUGAUAUAAUAAAAAUAUUUUCAUUUGAAGUUAAUAUAUUGGGUUUUUGUUAUUGCCAGAUUUCAAAGCAACAUGUUUAAAAGAGCAGCUCAUAUCGAGCCCACCAUCAUGGCUCUUUCCCUAGUCCCAUAUAUUAUAUGUGACGGAAAAAGGCCCACUUACCAGUGAAAAAG